UUCCAUUGGUUUUUGUUAUCCAGGGGGGAAGUAGGUUGUGCUAGUCGAUUUUCCGAGGGGAAUACGUAUACACAAACAUAACACGCUUUAAAAUGCAAAAUAGUAAACAUGUAGCAAUCUCGACAGGUUUGCUACACGGUAAACAACAGAUGUUGCGCGCGUGGGAUCAACUGAUAUAAAAGCAGGUAAUGGAUUCGAGCCUUCCUUGUGUCAUCCUAUUCAUCUUGAUUGGCUGUGUCACAUGCUCUUUUGAUAACCACGACCACCAAAAUGGCACCCGCCACUAUGAUUACUGUGUGCUUGGAGCUGGGCCUGCGGGACUACAGAUGGGAUAUUUCCUUUCCAGGGCUAAAAGAGACUAUAUCAUCUUGGAGAGGAACUCAGGACCGGGCAGCUUUUUUAACAAGUAUCCCAGGCACAGGAAGCUCAUCAGCAUUAACAAGAUCCACACAGGAAGGCAGAACCGAGAGUUCAACCUGCGCCACGAUUGGAACUCGCUGCUGAGCGAUAAACCUGACCUCCUGUUCAAGAGAGUGAGCAGUGAGUUUUACCCGCCAGCCGAUGCCUUCCCACUCUAUCUGUCCAUGUUUGUGAAGGAGCUUGGGCUGAGGGUCCGGUACGGUGUGGACAUUGGAAGGAUCAGGGCAGUGCAGUCAGCCACUGGCAGGAGCUACAUCCUGACUGAUCAACAUGCGUCGGACUACACAUGCAGCGUCCUUCUGGUAGCCACAGGUUUGUGGGUUCCUCAGAAGGUGGAGUUUGUCGGUUCUGACCUGGUUGAAGGCUAUGAAUCCAUCUCCACUAAUCCUGAGGACUACAAGGACCAGGCUGUACUUAUUCUGGGCAAGGGGAACUCUGCUUUUGAAACAGCCCAGAGCAUCCUGGGAAGAGCAAGUCGGGUGCACAUGCUCAGUUCCAGCCCUGUUCGACUGGCUUGGCAAACACAUUACGUUGGAGAUCUCAGAUCCAGGGCUGUGUACAAACACUGGAGUUUUUUUUUCUGUGCACACACAGAACGGACAGCUAGCGGACCAGCUGUGAAUAAUGAGCUAAUAGACACGUACCAGCUGAAGUCCCUUGAUGGGUUGGUGGAGGCACACCUGGAGAAAAUAGUUAUCGCUCAACGAAAGGAGCAAGCCAGGAGGAGAUCGGGUGGACAGAAGAAAGAGAAGAAGGGACGGUUGUACCUAUCUAUAAAUAAGUACAUACAAUACCAGGAAGCGAAGAACAGCUCUGAUGUGACAGGUGAAGAACUGCCAGAGUAUCACAUUGACAACUUCCCUAUGCGAAAGCCCUACGACCGUGUGAUUCGAUGCCUCGGAUUCAAAUUCAACUUCAGCAUAUUUGACAGCUCUACCUGCCCACCCAACAGUGAAAAUGCAAAAGGGAGGUUGCCGGGGGUGACAGCCUGGUAUGAAGGGAAGAACACCCCUGGCUUGUUUGUGCUGGGAACCGCUGGACACUCCAGAGACUACCGCUCAUCUGCUGGCGGCUUCAUCCAUGGAUUCCGUUACACAGCUCGAGCCGUGCAUCGUGUACUUGAACAGCGUUACCAUAGCAAGCUGUGGCCAUCGACAAAACUGUUAACAACACAGCUGCAGUCCUGGAUUCUGAAGCGGGUCGGCGAAGCCUCUGGGCCAUACCAAAUGUUUGAGGUGCUCGGGGAUGUUAUACUUCUUCGAGGCUCUCACUGUGAAUACGUGGAAGAGUUUCCACUCCAGGCCUUGCCUCAGUUCUCCUCUCUCUCAGGCCAUGAGGUGUCCAACCAUGGACUGGUAGUUCUAGUCAUGCAGUACGGGAAGCAGAACAUAGACUAUCUGGGGCCGAGCAGGGCUGAAACAGACUGGACCAAAGCUUGGAACUCCAACUUUCUGCACCCUGUUUUAUACUACUAUGACACACUUCCUACUGAGGAAGAAAUGAAGCUCCGUCCCUAUGGCUGGGCUUUACCAAGGCCCAAGGCAAUUCAUCACUUUGUUGAGGACUUCCUUGCAGAAUGGGAGAGUCCCAUAUCUCACAUCCAGCCACUGCGGCGCUUCCUGGAGCACUGUGUGCAGACUGACCUCAGGGCCUUCUAUGCGGAAUCAUGUUUCCGCUUUUCCCUUACCCACCGCAAGCCACCGCUGUUUUGUCAGCAAGGAUACUUGAAGCAGCAGGGUGUCGCUCACAACAGUCAGCUGUGGCAGCACGUUCAUGACGCUGGACUGAUGCCCACUGAGCAAGAUGCAGGCACAUCAGGGGCUGACCCCUCAUUCAGCAACUACCUGGCACAAGCUGGAGCCUCCAUGUCUUCAGGACUGAAACUUGACUUCUGAUUAUUUUACCCAAGCGGGUUUAAAGCUAUGCCUUUGACGCUGUUUAGGUCCCUCAGACUUGCUACCUCCAGCACCCAUAACAAUUCCCUCUGCAAGACCAAAUAUUUUUGACAGAAUACCGUCCUACAGAUCAGUGGUUCCCAACCUUUUUGGCUUGUGACCCCGUAAAAUAAAGCAAUUUCUACUUAGACAUUUACAUCUGGUGAUGAGGGUUUCUAACACUUGACUAUUUCAACCAAAGAAUGAUUUUCCUUUUUUUGUUUUAAUAAUGUUUAAAGGU